GUCCAGUGAAGAUGUCCUCAGUUGUGGCCCAGCCUUUGUUCAGCUUCGGGCUGCGGACAGGAGUGAGGAACAGCGUGAGUUUCUGUGAUGAAAACACCGUGGUGUUCCCCUGCGGAAACACCUGUGUGUGCUACAACACCUCCAGGAGGUCUCAGAGGUUCAUCCCAGGCUCAGAGAAGAGUCAGGGUAUGCACGCUCUGGCCCUCAGUCCUAACAGGCGGUACCUGGCGGUGUCAGAGUGCGGAGAGAGAGCCUCCAUCACCGUGUUCGACCUGCAGCACGAGCAGGGCCGGAAGAGGAAGGUCCUGACGGCAGGAGAGUCGUCCUCUGAAGAGUUCGUCUGCAUGGCUUUCUCUCAUGAUUCAAAGUAUCUGAUCGGACAGACGGGAGGUCCUGAUUGGACGCUGAUCUUCUGGCUUUGGGAAAAACAGAAGGUCCUGGCAACAGUGAAGACCAGUACGUCCCGUAAUCCUGUUUCCCAGGUCAGCUUCAACCCUCACAACAACACGCAGCUGUGUGUGAGUGGAGGCGGUGUGUUGAAGCUGUUUCGUUACUCAGAAGGAGCCCUGAAGCAGAGCAGCUCCCCCAAAGUGGAGUCCAUCUUCUUCCUGUGUCACAGCUGGGUGACGGAGGAGAGAGUGAUCGCCGGGACAGACUCAGGACGCCUGCUGGUGUUCGAGUCUGGAGAUUUGAGGAGAGAGAUCAAUACAUCGGGGCAGGAAACAGACAGUAAUUCCCUGCUCAGACAAGUGGCCAUGAAGAAGAUGAAAGACUCUGAUGUGGAUGAAGGUGUCUCUGUUCCUCGCAUCACAGCCAUUUUGUCUUACUCUAAAGGCUUUAUAUGCUCCUAUGGUGCCGGCACUGUUUGUCUCUUUGAAAAGACACAGGAGGACGGUUAUAGAAGGACCAGAGACAUACGGAUCCCAGCAGACAGCAGUGAUCUGACCCCGGCUGAGAGUCAGCUGAUUGACACGAUGUGUUUGAGUCCAUCAGAGGAGACUCUGGUCCUCAGCACCGACAGAGGACAGCUGUACAGCUUCAGCCUGUCCUCUCUGGACAUCAACAAGGAGGAACCUCAUUUUGAGUUCCUGUCGCAGUCCUUCCACUCAAAGUCCAUCACUGGUUUAUCCGUCUGCAUCAGAAAGCCUCUGGCAGCCACGAGCUCUCUGGACCACUCUGUGCGCAUCUGGAACUACGAAACAAAAGUGCUGGAGCUCUACAAAGAGUUCCCAGAGGAGGCGCUCAGCGUGGCUCUGCAUCCGACCGGCCUCUUCAUCCUGGUGGGAUUUUCAGACAAACUCCGGCUGAUGAACCUGCUCAUCGAUGACAUCCGAACCUUCAAAGAGUUCGCUGUGCGCGGCUGCAGAGAGUGUGCCUUCAGUCACGGUGGACACAUGUUUGCAGCUGUCAAUGGGAACGUCAUCCACAUCUACUCCGUCACCUCUUUCGAGAACAUCCUCAAUCUGAAGGGCCACAAUGGGAAGGUGCGAGGCAUCGAGUGGAGUCUGGACGACGGCCGGCUGGUUUCGUGCGGGAUGGACGGAGCCGUGUACGAGUGGAACGCUCAGACGGGAACACGAGAGUCAGAGAGCGUCCUGAAGUCCUGCAGCUACACUGAUGUCUCCUUCUCUUCAGACGGAAAGACCAUCCUGGCUGUGGGAACGGACCUCACACUGAAGGAGAUCCAAGACUGUCAGGUGCUGAGGGAGGUUCCUGCUGAUGAGGUCGCUCACACGGCUGUCGCUGUGUCUCACUCCGGCAGAGUCGUGUUCACCGGGACGCCCAGAGGAACCAUCAGAGCCGUGAAAUACCCGCUUCCUCUGCAGAAAGACUGGAUCACAUACCAAGCUCACUGUGGCCCCAUCACCAAGAUGGUUUUGACGUGGGACGAUCAGUUCCUGCUGACAGCGGCUGAGGACGGAUGUCUGCUGAUGUGGAAGGUCGUGGAUAAAGAGGGUCGAGGACUGAAGAGCAACCGACAGAUCAUCCAGACUGAAGAGAUCCUCGUCACCAAGGCAGACCUGGAGGAGAAGACGCAGAACAUGCUGGAGCUGAAGCUGCGUCUGGAGGAGCUGCAGAUGGAGAACGAGUACCAGCUGCGUCUGAAGGACAUGAACUACAGCGAGAAGAUGAAGGAGAUCUCUGACGCUUUCACACAGCAGAUAGACUCUCUGAAGAUCAUGCAACAGGCCAUGAAAACAGAGAUGGAGAAGCAGCAGCGUGAGAACCAGAUGAGCACUGCAGAGAUCUCUGAGAAGCACUCUGAAGAGCUGGAGGCUUUAGAGGAGUCCUACAGCCAGAAGCUGAUCACGGAGCAUGAGAGGUUCCAGGAUCUUCAGCGUGAAAGCGAAAGGAUGCAGGAGGACUUUGAGAAGGAGCUGAAGGACGUGGAGGAGGGAAGAGUGCACACUGUGGAGGAGCUGAAGCAGAACUACGAGGCCAAGCUGGAGGAGAAGGAUCUGGUCCUGCUGCAGUGUCAGGAAGACGCACAGCAGCAGAUCAGAGAGUUCAAAGAGAUCGUGAGGCAAGUGGAGGAAGACGAGGAGAGGAAGAUCCAUGACAUCCAAAUCAAGUAUGAGAAGAAACUACACACGGAGGAAGAAACCACCACGAGUCUGAAGGGAGAAACCAGUCUCAUGACUCAGAAGUCCUUCAGUCUGCAGAGACAGAUCGAUGAGCGCUGCUCUGAGAUCAAACAUCUGAAGCAGGAGCGGCAGAGGCUUCUGGGUCUGAUCCGCUCGCUGGAGAGCGACAUCGAGGAUCUGAAGAGGACCGUCUCUGGACACGAGAAGACCAGCCAGGACAAGGACAAGACCAUCUGCAGCCUGAAGAAGAAGAACCAGGAGCUGGAGAAGCUGAAGUUCGUUCUGGAUUUCCAGCUCAAUGAGAUGAAGAACCAGACGGAGCCUCAACAGGAAGACAUAAUCGAGAAGAAGGAGUGCAUCCAUCAGCUUCAGGAGGAGCUGGUUCAGAUCGAUAAGAGCAACACUCAGCUGAAGCUCAGCGUCUCCGAGCUGAGGCUCAAACUGAGGACCAGAGACAAGGAGAUGCACAAGGAGGCGCAGAAGGUGAAAGACCUAGAGACACAUCUCCAGCGGCUCAAGGCAGACCUCCAUAACUGUGUGGGCUUCAUCCAGGAGCCCAAGAAACUGAAGGAGAGCAUGCAGACGAUCUACGCCCGAUAUGUAGCUGACGGGGUGGAGCAAAGUGGCGUAGAAGAAGAAAUUCAGAGGGCUUUCUGUCGGCAGCGUGAUCACCUGGAGAAAACUGUCAACGGGCUCAAGACCAGACUGGCCAAAUCUGCUGAGCAGCAUGAGCAGGUCUACGUCAAGAUCAUGAAGGAGAACGUUGGUCUGAUCACUGAAAUCAAUGAGCUGCGUAAGGAGCUGCUUCUGCAGAGAACUCAGGUCAAAGACUACAAAUCCCAGCUGUCCGUCUUAAAGAAGUCCAAGAGGUCGCGUCCUAACUCUGAGGAAGGGACGAAAAAAGGAGUCUCAGCGUGAAGAGGUGGAGUGAAAAACUCAGAGUGACUCCCAACUCCUCCACCGUGCAGAAAGGCCUUCAUCGACACAAUAAUACCCGUCAAUGAUUUGCAUUUGUUA